CGGGGGCUGGAGGUGGUGCCGCUGGUGCAGACCUUCGGGCACAUGGAGUUUGUGCUGAAGCACAAAGAGUUUGCUCAUCUCCGGGAGGUGAAGGUGUUUCCCAACGCCCUCAACCCACACAAGGAGGAGUCACGGGCACUGGUCAAAGCCAUGAUUGACCAGGUCAUGGCAUUGCAUGAAGACUUAAAAUGGUUUCACAUCGGAUGUGAUGAGGUCUACUACCUUGGUGAAGGAGAGGAGUCAAAGCAGUGGCUGCAGCAACAAGACAACACUCCAGAGAAGCUAUGCUUAUCCCACAUAAAAGCAGUUGCAAGUUGUGUGGCCUCGUCUUACCCCGCUGUGACGCCCGUCGUGUGGGAUGAUAUGCUCAGAGGGAUAAGUGAGGAAACGUUGGCAGAGUCUGGGCUUCCACAGCUUGUGCAGCCAAUGAUCUGGGACUACGCAGCAGACCUCGAUGUGGAGGGCAAAGUGCAUCUCAUAGAGAAGUAUCGUAGGUGUGGCUUCUCCAAGGUGUGGUUUGCUAGUGCUUUUAAAGGAGCUACAGGAGUGAAUCAGUCUCUAACGCUUAUUGGACACCACUUGAAAAACCAUCUUCAAUGGCUGAAAGUGGCAAGCAAUAGCCCCGCUGACGUCCUCGAAGGUAUCGCGCUGACCGGCUGGCAAAGGUAUGAUCACUUCUCUGUUUUGUGUGAGCUUCUCCCUGUGGCAAUUCCAUCAUUGGCUGUAUGUCUGCAGGCAUUAAAGAAUGGUGGCUAUUCUGAAAAGAUUAAAGAAAAUGUAGAAAAGCUCCUGGGAAUGUCCAACCUGGAAACGGAAACUUUCAUGAGCACAAGUCUGGGGACCUUUCCUGGGAGCAAUAUCCUUACGCUUGUGACGCAAGUUAGUUUCUACCUCAAGUCAUCAGUGGAUGAACUUCUUGAAAGGAACAGAUAUGUCACAGGCUGGUUCAGCCCCUACCACAGAAAAAGGAAGAUUAUUCAUCCUAUAAUAAUGCAUCACUUUCAGCCAGAUGCAGUAAGUCUUCUCUCCAAGUGGAAUGCCGUGGUGCAAGACCUCGAGGCAGCCAUGGAGCACGUUUUCCACAAGUGUACCGUAGAGGAGUGGAUGGAGGAGAAUGUCCAUCCCAGCCUACAGAAGCUGCAGCAAAUAGUGGAUGAUUUAGAUAAAGCAAUAAAAGCACAAAAUUAGGAGCAUUUCAAUUAAUGUGUCUGAUUC